AUCACAACUAAUAUCGUGGACAAAAUGAGGACAAUGAAAUUCUUACUGGUUGGACUAGUUCUCUUCUCUGGAGCUCUGUCGAAAGUUAUCAAAAGGGAAACCUGCGGUGUACCUAGCUUAAUGACCAACUUGGAGCAAGUAGAAUCUAUUAAUAUUCACAAUAAGAAACGAUCUUCGGAAUCGGCUGCCGAUGAAUUAGAAAUGACUUUUGACCAAGAACUAGCCGAUAGAAGUCAAGAAUGGGCUGACAAAUGUAUCUGGGAUCACGGUCUUACUACAAAUUGUAAUGGAGAUGCUAUUGGACAAAAUAUGUACUUGUCUGGCGGUGGCGCAGCUUUUCCAAAGCUGAAUAUGACUGCAGUAGUUACUAGCUGGUAUAAUGAAAAAGUAGAUUUCGAUUUCACCUCUAAUACUUGCGCCCAAGGAAAAGUAUGCGGACACUAUACUCAAGUUGUUUGGGCAAAAUCUCAUAAAGUUGGAUGCGCAUAUGCGAAAUGUCCAUCGGUGGACGUUGGCCAAUCGAAAUGGGAAAACGUUAUAAUAGUUGUUUGCGAUUAUUCGCCUGCAGGGAAUUAUAAAGGAUCCGAGAUCUACGCUAAAGGGACUCCCUGCAGUAAAUGCGCUGAUCAGGUCGAACAGGGUUACUUGUGCACUAACAAUUUAUGCUCUCCCUGCUUACCUAAAGAUAAUCCAAGUUGCAAAUGUGAACAAAAGGCACCGUGCCAAAACGAUGGAAUAUGGGAUCAAGGUAUUUGUUCUUGCUCCUGUAAGCCUGGCUUUUAUGGAAAAGCUUGUGAAAAUUCAUGCGACUGUAAGGAUUUGUACGUUGACGUUUGUCCCACAUGGUCAGGAUUUUGCUCCCAACCCGCAUACGACGCUUUCAUGAAACAAACUUGUCCUAAGACUUGCAAGUAA